GCGAGCGUGGGGCUGCGGCGGGGCAGCAGGUGUGGGGCGGCCGCGCCCGGCCGGGGGACGCCUGUGAUUCAAAGAGUCAUGUCAGAAGACACAGUAAGGGAAUCACAAUCUCCCUUGAGGACAGCAGCACUGAGAGUGUUUGAACUCCCUCUGUCUUGGUACUCUUCACUCUUCCAGAUCAAGUUUUCACCAGUAGCUAAGAAGUUGUUUGUGGUAACAGCAGUAAGUGCUUUAUCUGUAAUUUUUCUGGCUCAUCACUUUAAAAGAAGACGUGGAAAGAAGAAAGGAAAAAUAUUGCCAUGGGAACCAGAGCAUCUCUUACUUGAAUGCACUAAAAGAGCGGCAUCAGACAAAGGUUCAAGUUGUUCCAGUAGUAGACAGAAUUUGACAUUAUCUUUAAGUUCCACCAAAGACAAAGCAUCUCAGUCUUGCAACUAUGCCAACGGAGGACUUUUCAGUAAAUACUCAGGUUCUGCACAAAGUUUGGCCUCUGUCCAGAGUGUCAAUUCUUGUCAUAGCUGUGCUUGUGGCAAUUCUAAUUCCUGGGACAAAGCAGAUGAAGAUGAUAUGAAACUUAUAAAUAUUCCUGUGACCACUCCUGAGAACCUGUACUUAAUGGGUAUGGAAUUGUUUGAAGAGGCUUUGCGUCGAUGGGAACAAGCUCUGACCUUUCGCAAUAGGCAGGCUGAAGAUGAAGCCUGUUCCAUUAAACUGGGCGCAGGAGAUGCCAUUGCCGAAGAGAGUGUAGAUGAUAUCAUUAGCACUGAGUUCAUCCAUAAGCUGGAAGCUCUGCUGCAAAGAGCUUAUCGACUACAGGAGGAGUUUGAAGCCACUCUUGGAGGAUCUGAUCCUAACUCCCUGGCUAAUGAUACUGAUAAAGAAUCAGAAUCUACAAUGAAGGGGAAUGUGGAUGACUUUGGCGUGAGAGACUCCUUGAGCAUAGAGUCUACUGAUUCCUUUGCCUCCGCAGCAGAGCUUUCAGAACACAGAGAGGUGCGACGUUCUUAUAGUCUGGAGUCUUUCUGCUGCUGCCCUUUUUAUGAAGAAGCCAUGCAUUUAGUAGAAGAAGGAAAAAUUUACUCCCGAGUACUCAGAACUGAAAUGUUGGAAUGUCUAGGAGACAGUGAUUUCCUUGCCAAACUCCAUUGCAUUCGCCAGGCUUUCCAGGUAAUUCUUUCAGAAACAGCCAACAGGAUAUUCCUUGCUGAAAGUGGAAGGAAAAUUUUAUCAGCUUUAAUUGUGAAGGCACGAAAGAAUCCCAAGAAGUUUGAAGAUGUGUUUGAUGAAAUGAUCUAUUUUUUAGAGCAGACUGAUCACUGGGAUAGUACCGAAAUGGAACUUGCUGCUAGAGGGGUGAAAAAUAUAAAUUUUUAUGAUGUUGUCCUGGAUUUUAUAUUAAUGGAUUCCUUUGAAGAUUUGGAAAACCCACCCACUUCUAUACAGAAUGUAGUAAAUAAUCGCUGGCUAAACUCCUCCUUCAAAGAAACUGCUGUGGCUUCAAGUUGUUGGUCGGUAUUGAAACAGAAAAGGCAGCAGAUGAAGAUUUCAGAUGGAUUUUUUGCCCACUUUUAUGCCAUUUGUGAGCACAUAAGCCCUGUUCUGGCCUGGGGCUUUUUGGGUCCUAGGAAUUCUCUCUAUGAUUUAUGUUGCUUCUUUAAGAAUCAAGUUCUUUUCUUUCUCAAGGACAUUUUUGACUUUGAGAAGGUACGCUACUCAAGUAUAGAGACUUUGGCUGAAGACCUCAUGCAGUUACUCAUCCGCCGCACUGAACUUUUAAUGGCCUAUCUGGGAGCAGAUACUUUGAGACAAACCAAUAGCUGCACAAGUGGUCAUGCUCACGUUAUAUCCACUGGGCUCUUGGAAGGCAAAGUUCAGUAAAUACUACCAGAAUCAUACCGUUUGAGAGGGCUAGGAAAUGUUUCAAGGUGACUGUCAAUUUUGUCACUUUCAUUGCAAAAUCAAGUACAUUGGUAGAUGCAGCGGACUCAGGGAAGACAAAGAAUCUCAUAGAUAGUGAGUAACUAUACUGCACUUAAAGAGAAAACAUUAUUGAAUCCUUGUGUACUGUAUCCAGAGCAACUUUAGUAAUCUACAGGUAGUAAUUUAAGUGGUGAAAUGUUCUAUAUUUUGUAAGAAAAUGCUUGAACUGAAGUCAGCACUUGCAAGUUAAAUGAUUUAUUGUCUUUAUGUUGUCUGAAAUGUCCGGUAUCAGUCUCAAAACCUUGGGUUUUAUGCUUUGCACCUUGAAAAGACAUUUUAACCCAGGCCUGCACAUGCAAAAAUAUACUGCUAUCAAGGUCAACAUAGUUAACUUUGUCUGAAAAUGUAUUUUUAGCUGCCAAAUUAGUCAUUUGUUUAAUCACAUUUAAGCAAUGAUGAUGUUUAAUAUAUACUGCUUAUAGUAUUGCUUGUACAUUUGCAGAUGUAUUUGAAUCAAAGAAAUUGUAAUCGCUGAAUAUUGUCAUACAAUAUUUAAAUGAAUUGACACUAAGACAUUUACAACUUACACUUCAUGUUAAAUUGACUGUAGCUUCCCAAAUACUAUCUGUAGUUCCUAUUAGUCAAUGACGGAGAUGGUAGUACUUUUUGUCUUUUUAUUAAUUAGAACAUGUUUUCUUGAAUGAAUAUUGAUUUAAGAGAUAACAUCUAUUAGGAAAGGCAAGUAAGAAUUUAUCCUUUUAGGGGCUGGGGAUAUGGCCUAGUGGCAAG